CUAAAUGCCUCCGACCUUCAUUUUCGGUAGUUAACUAGGUUGACUGCAUUCACAAAUUUUUGCAGCCGUAAGGGUAAACGUUUACCCGUAAUUUGAAAUUGUGUUACUAUAUUAUAUUUGUUUUUGAAGGGAGAAAGAUUUUUGUCAACUGAAAAUCGUUAGUUAGCGUUAGCUACAUUAAAUAUUAGAUAGCUUAUGAUGGCUUUCGAGAUAAACGCUCAAGCUGUCCGCCAGCAUGGACUCCGAUACUGACGUGCUGAUGAAGGAAUCCGUCAAGAUGAUGACCGAUAUGAUUGUGUUGUGUGCCACUCUGGCACUGUCCCUCUUCUUCUGGGUCCUGUCCCUCACAAUCAGCACUUAUUACGGCACAUUGCAGCCUGUUUCACCGUGGCGCUGGUUGUUUUCCAUCCUUAUUCCUCUUGUGCUGUCGGUCAGAGCACUGAAGAGACGAAGUCUGGACAGUACUGGAGCCCUGGGAGCUCUCCUGGUGGGGUUUGUGUUGAUGAUGGCCAACUUCAGCUUCUUCGCCUCCCUGUUGACCUUUUUCCUCACCUCCUCCAAACUAACCCGCUGGGGAGGAGAGCAGAAGAAGAAAAUCGAUGCAGAGUAUAAGGAAGGGGGCCAGAGAACCUGGGUCCAGGUCUUCUGUAAUGGAGGAGUUCCCACAGAGCUGGCUCUGCUGUACAUGAUAGAGGUGGGUCCAGGUGAGAUCCCCAUCGACUUCGGUAAACAGUACUCUGCUUCGUGGAUGUGCCUCUCUCUAGUGGGGGCCCUCGCCUGCUGCUGUGGGGACACCUGGGCGUCGGAGGUGGGGCCCGUUCUCAGUAAAUCACAGCCUCGUCUCAUCACAAACUGGAAAGAGGUUCCGGCAGGAACGAAUGGAGGCGUUACUUUCAUCGGUUUAGUCUCCAGCUUCCUUGGUGGGCUUGUGGUGGGCGUGGCCUACUUCAUCACACAGCUUCUGUUCAUCAGCGACCUACACCUGGCAGACCCUCAGUGGCCCAUCAUGGUGUACGGUGGGGUGGCUGGGCUGCUGGGCUCCAUGCUGGACUCUUUCCUUGGAGCUCACAUGCAAUACUCUGGUUUUGAUUCGAGCAUCGGGAAAGUGGUGAGCUAUGAAUCUGCCACCACCAAGCGGAUCUGCGGGAAACCCAUCUUGGACAACAAUGCUGUGAACCUGUUCUCUUCAGUCAUCAUUGCACUUAUCCUGCCAGGUGUGGCCUGGGGGCUGUGGCCACGAUAGACUCAGCGAGAACAAUGAAGCGGGCGACUGAUCAAACACAAACUGCUGAGAAAUUUGAGUUUUGGUGAAGUGAAGUCCACAGUACGUGUUAAUGUUUGAGAGAGGUUCUGAUUGUUAGACAGCACAGUUCUUUGUACCAUUAUGUAAUAAACUGAUUGAAUGUACAA